UUUCCCCAGUGGUGCGGAGGGGGCAGUCACGUGCUGAGGAAGCGGGGGCGGGGUUUUGGCUUGGUGGUAACCAAUCGGCGAAGGAGCGGGCUUUCAGGCUCCCGAAAGGACGUUUCUCUAGGGAUAAAAGGACCGUUUUGUUUUUUUUUUUUUUUUUUGCUCCUAAGCCUUCCGAUAUGGACUGAAGCGGGUCCGCUUGGAUCGCCUUGGAGAAACCGGGUUCACGGGUAAGGUGUUCAUUUGUUUUUGAACAGCACCUUUUCAAUGGCUCACAUCAGCAUAAACCAGUAUUUGCAGCAGGUACUAGAAGCUAUUGAGAGCAGAGACGGAUUGUUUUGUGCAGAGUUAGUGUCUUUUAAACAUCCUCAUGUUGCAAAUCCUAGACUUCAGCUUUCGUCACCGGAAGAAAAAUGUCAACAAGUGUUGGAGCCACCUUAUGAUGAAAUGUUUGCUGCCCACUUAAGAUGCACCUUUGCAGUUGCUAACCAUGAUUUUGUAGAAGCUUACAAAUGCCAGACAGUCAUAGUACAAUCUUUCUUGAGAGCUUUUCAAGCACACAAAGAAGAAAACUGGGCUUUGCCUAUUAUGUAUGCAGUGGCACUUGAUCUUCGAAUUUUCGCUAAUAAUGCUGAUCAACAGCUGGCAAAGAAAGGUAAAGGCAAAGUUGGUGACAUGUUGGAAAAAGCAGCGGAACUCCUCAUGAGCUGUUUCCGAGUAUGUGCCAGCGACACUCGAGCUGGCAUUGAGGAUUCCAAAAAAUGGGGCAUGCUGUUUCUGGUGAAUCAGUUGUUUAAAAUUUAUUUUAAGAUCAACAAGCUUCAUUUGUGCAAGCCAUUGAUACGAGCAAUUGACAGCUCAAAUCUUAAAGAUGAAUACAGCAUGGCACAGAGGGUUACAUAUAGAUACUACGUUGGACGGAAAGCUAUGUUUGAUAGUGAUUUUAAACAAGCUGAAGAGUAUCUGUCUUUUGCCUUUGAGCAUUGCCAUCGCUCCAGCCAGAAAAACAAAAGGAUGAUCUUGAUUUAUUUGCUGCCAGUGAAAAUGUUGCUGUAAAACUUUCCCUUGCAUGGGCUGCUGCUAUGUUAGGUCAAAUAUCAAAUGAGCCUGUCCUUUCCUCUCCAUUUCCUCCCCAUCGCCACUGUGCACUUUACCUAAAAGCACUUGUUUGUUUUUAAUUUCUUGAGUGAAGGGAACCUCCUUUUAUUGAAUGACGCUCUGGCGAAACACGAAACGUUUUUCAUUCGCUGCGGGAUCUUUCUGAUCCUUGAGAAGUUGAAAAUCAUCACCUACAGGAAUCUCUUCAAGAAAGUAUAUUUAUUGCUCAAAACUCACCAGCUGUCCCUAGAUGCCUUUCUGGUGGCCCUGAAGUUUAUGAAAGUAGAUGAUGUUGACAUUGAUGAAGUCCAGUGCAUUCUGGCUAACCUCAUAUACAUGGGUCACAUUAAAGGCUAUAUUUCACAUCAGCAUCAGAAGCUGGUUGUCAGCAAGCAAAAUCCAUUUCCUCCACUUUCUACAGUUUGUUGAGUUCAGUGUGACCAGAAGAGGAGUUUGUUGCUCAUGAACACGGAUUGCUGUUUCAGCUGCACUCUUUACAGGAAAGAACUGGCCAUGAACUUAGCCCACAUCUGUACAUGUAUGUAUUCAUGAAUAGGGCCUUAAGAGACUUCUGUGGCACAACAAAUUCUGGCUUGAAUGUAGCAUUUCCUUCUCCCAGUGGGAUCAUUUGCUGAGUGGCAUUCUGCUCGAGUCUGUUCAGCUGCGGCAGAGUUUGUCAUGAAGAUUCUCCACCUACACUCCAUCUCCCAUGCUGUCCGGUUGGGUCCCCCAAGAAUCUAAGUAGGUUGGCCAAAGGUGGUGGUAAAUAACUACCAAGAAUUCAAAGAAAAUCAGUAAAGAUAACCCUCUCCAACAUUCCGUCACCAGUAGUGUUUUGCUGAACAAGAGGCCUUUCAUGUCUAGAAAGAUUUUGUUCCAUAGAUUCCAACCAACAGUUUUUUGCAAAAAGCUGGCAACUUCAUUAAAUAACUUUAAAAAUUGAA